AUGUCGCAAGCACAAGAGCCCAGCGCUUCACAGCACGAGGUUCAACAGCCCACUGAUGAGCCCAAGGUCCUUGGCGGCGGCAACAUGGACCCCACCAAUCCGCUCGCAGGGCUGGAGAACCCCGAGGCGGAGGCCAAGGCCACAGAAAUGGGAACCACCAUUCCUAGCCAGGGCCCACCGCCGGAAUUGAGCACGGAUCCUGAUAACGAGCCGACAUGCGGCGGCGGCAGCCAGCCUGGCGAGUGCGUCAGCUUUCAGAAGGAUUCCGGGGACACGGCACAGGCGGGCUCACAGCCGACGCCUAGCUCGCAGGCUUAA